AUGGCAGCGAUUUGUUCAUCAGAAAGAAUGCAAACAAGACAACAAGGAACAAGAAUUACUGUUUUGCCAUCACACUUGAUCGAAAAAAUAGUAACUGCAAUCGGAGGAAAUUCACCAAUCGAUGUUUUUAAGUGCCAGUUAGUAGCGCAGAAUGUUGAACAACCCACACGUACUCUUCAACGAUGGAAUGAUGAAGUAUUUUACAUUAGGGGAAGAAAUAGCAGGGAAACAGUUGCUUCAAAAUGCAGCCGACCAGGGGCAGUUAGAUGCGAUCUCCGUCUUGGGAAUGAUGUUGAUGGCCGAAGGCAUUGA